AUGGCCUAUCGAGCAGCACCAACAAAGUUAGAGCAACAUGCAACCAAUUUGCUCAAGGGCAACCUCUUGAAGAAGGCCCCUGUGUGGCUCCAUGCCGUACGUGCCAUUCCACCUGGUCCUUCCAUCAUUCGAUCGCGAAACCCCAAUGCCAACUUGUCUGCACAAACCGACAUUGAAAAGCAACUUUUCUCCAACACCCAAAGCAACACCCAAAAGAGCACCACACGACACAAACAAAAGCAUCUUCGCACUCGUCCUCCACGACCUGCUCCUAUUGUGUAUCCUGAAGAUAGAUUGAGACGUCAAUUCUACAAGGAUCAUCCAUUCGAACUCGCUCGUCCACAAGUUCUUGUCGAAAACAGAUUGGGUCUCAACCGCACCGAUUAUAGUCAACUCAUGUUACCCGAUAUGCUUCCCGAGGAAGUCACUGGUGAGACUGUCAUCAAGUAUCAGUUGCAUCUUAUGACUGAAAAGGGAAUGACUGAAAGACAAGCUUAUGCAAAGGCCACAUCCGAAUUCUAUGAAAUCCGAGCUCAACAAGAAGAGGCUGAACGCCAGGCACGAUCACAACUUCAAGCUGCUAUUGAACAAGUCGAGCAAAAGCCAUGGACCAAGUUAGCUUUGGAGUUGGAAGAAAAGGCUAUCAAGGAAGGCCAAGAAAAGAUCAUGAUUUAG